AUGAUACAGCUAAAUGGAGGAGGCGGCGGCUGGCGGCGGCGGAGCCGCUCCCGGGGCUGUCGCGCAGAGGUGACCCUGUGUGGAGCCGGCCCCUGGCCUGGGAGGCGAGGCAGCCUGCGCGGGCAGGUACCCCGGGAGACGAGGGCAGAGGCAGGAGCUUGUCACCCAUCCUCCAUCAGGAGAGAAGAGCUGUCGCUGAAACGUCGUGGUGGGCAGCAGGCGUUGGCACGCCUUCGCUGCGCCUCAGGAUGUCACCUGCUUCCAAAUAAUCUUCAUAUGGCCUGUGAAAGUAUCUUGAGAGUUGUGCUGGGCCCAGUUACAGAAAACAGAUCAGACCUUGAAGAUUUACACCUUUAUGCAACUCCUCGGGAGCAACGGUUUCGUAGGUUUGCCAGUUUAGAAUUUGAAGGACAGCUAUAUAUGACUCCAUAUGACUUCAUUCAGGCUGUCACAAAUGAUGAACCCAAACGUGCUAAAAAGUGGCGAUCCCUUUCAAAGCAGGAACUGAAUCAGAUCCUUAUGGAGACACCACCAGUUUGGAAAGGAUCAUCCAAACUUUUCCGUAAUCUUAAUGAGAAAGGUGUGAUAUCUUACACAGAAUAUUUAUUCCUUUUAUGUAUUUUAACAAAGCCACAUGCAGGUUUUAGAAUUGCUUUCAACAUGUUUGAUACUGAUGGCAAUGAGAUGGUGGACAAAAAGGAAUUCUUAGUGCUACAAGAGAUUUUCAGGAAAAAAAAUGAGAAGAGAGAAAGAAAAGGAGAUGAAGAAAAACGUGCAAUGCUGGUUCUUAAAACAGAAGGAGUGGACCUUGUCCCCAGAAGCUAUUGGGAUACUUUGAGACGUAGCACAAGCCAAGCACUCUUUUCGGACCUUGCGGAGCGUGUUGAUGAUAUUUCAAGUUCUCUGUCAGAUACUACACUGCUUGUACACUUUUUCGGCAAGAAAGGGAAAGCUGAACUGAACUUUGAAGAUUUUUAUAGAUUUAUGGAUAACCUACAAACUGAGGUUCUAGAGAUAGAAUUCCUUUCCUACUCUAACGGGAUGAACACCAUCAGUGAGGAAGACUUUGCCCAUAUUCUUUUGAGGUAUACGAAUGUGGAAAAUACAUCAAGUUACCUGGAAAACAUGCGCUGCAGGAUUCCUGAAGAAAAGGGUAUCACAUUUGAUGAGUUUAGAUCAUUUUUCCAAUUCUUGAACAACCUAGAAGACUUUACAAUUGCAAUGCAAAUGUAUAAUUUUGCAAGUCGUUCUAUAGGUCAAGAUGAAUUCAAACGUGCUGUGUAUGUAGCCACAGGUGUGAAGCUUUCACCACAUUUGGUGAACACAGUGUUCAAGAUUUUUGAUGUUGACAGAGAUGACCAGUUGAGUUACAAAGAAUUUAUCGGCAUUAUGAAAGACAGACUCAAUCGAGGGUUUAGGGAGACUCCAAAGUAUGGUUGGAAGGAAUAUUACUCUUGCGUGAUGACCGUAACCAGUGAACAUCUCAGAGAUCUAUGGAAGCAAUUUCGGAGACGAGAUAUGCUGAGAUAAAGGAAGAAAGAAGGAUUAUCUGCACUGGCUAGAACUAUUUAUUCCUAUGAAUUCUUAAUGAAGAACAAACUAACCCAGGUGAAUCGUGAAUCUUGCAGGUGCAGUAUAAAACACAGGACUUCUUUCCCACUUAAUGUAGUGAUCAUCAACUCUUACAACUGCUUUUAAGUAUGUAUUUUAUUUAAACGCCAAACUACCACCUGAUUGGCAGAAGUCUUUUUUUUUAACAAUACA